GGGUAAUCCAACUGUGGCCUUGAGCUGUUCCAAUACCUCAAGGUUCCCGAGAUUGCUCAAUCAAACUUAACUUUGACUGACCAGUUUAUUAUUAAUAUACAGCAUUAAUUUCCACUAGAAAAAAAGUGAUGUUUGCAACGUGUAUUAAAACAUUCAUUAUCAGAACAAAUGUUAAAUUCAUUUACAACGGUGAACCAGUUCGAUUUAUGGGCGGUUUGAGUAAAGUUCUUUAUCCUUGGAUGAAUAGGAAAAAGCCAUUUUGGGUUAAACAAGAGGCUAAUCCCUACACAGAUGAAGACAUCACGCCUGAAAACAAGCAGUUUUUAGAACAAGAGCGUAUGAAUGUAUUGACGUGUAAUACAAGCCCAAUUAUUACUGAACAAUGGGAUCAAGUACCGUGGACACCUUAUGUUACACAAAGAUGCGGUCUAAUUGCAGUUAAAUUAGGCAUGUAUCCUUUAUGGACUAAGACUGGACGAAAAAUAGACUGUACAAUUUAUCAGGUACCUGAUAUUCAUGCUAUUCGUUAUACUCCUCCAGCAGAAAUUGACAAAUUUAUCAGUCUUCUACAUCCUCGUCAUUACUGGUUAACUAGUAAACGUCCACCAUCUUGGAUAAAACAAAAACGUUGGGGUAUUCAACUAGUCGGAGCAUUCUCUGCUGAUCCUAUUGAAUUCACACCAGAAUGGUGUAAUUUAUUUAAAGAAGCUGGUAUACCACCGAAGCGUAAAAUUUCACGUUUUCUGGUUAGUCCAGAUGCUGCUUUAAAACCUGGAACACCUUUAGGUGUGAAUCAUUUUCGUGUAGGUGAUUACUUGGAUAUAACUGCAAGAACCACAAAUCGUGGUUUUCAAGGUGUUAUCGAACGUUGGGGAAUGAAAGGUGGUUGUGCUGGGCAUGGUUCUACUAAAUUUCAUCGUAGAAUGGGUAGUGCUGCAGGCUGUGGAGGGCCUAUUUCAAGAGGUAAACGUAUGGCGGGUGUUAUGGGCAAUCGAUAUAGGAAUGCUCGUGGUUUAAUGAUAUUGAGAAUUAAUCCAAAACUUGGAUUGAUAUAUGUACCAGGUCCAACACCUGGACCAGUGCAUGCCUAUUCACUUCUGCACGAUUCUUGGUUAAAAAAUCGUCGACGUCAACUGGAUGCUAAUCCACCACCAGUACCAACAUAUCUGCCUUCUUCUAUUGUAGACGAAGCUGCCGCUGCUGGCGGUGGUGGUUCAGGUAUACUAGAUCCAACUAUUUGUGUUGAUAUUGAUGAUGAUUUCGAGCAGGAUAUCUAUCAUGAAUCUAUACAUCCAAGUCAUAGCCCGUCUAUUUCAUAUUCAGAAGAAUAAUAGUAAUAAUAAUAAUGUAAUUAAAUAUACAUGCAUAAACACCAUCCUUUCUCGUUUUGUGUUUUUCACUAAUCACUGAAAGUUGUUAUUACUAUUUCACUAUCAAUCACGGGACGAACACUAGUCUGAUGAAAUACCUGGAUACCGUCCAUCAUUCACCAUUCGAGUUGAACCGGUCGCCUUCGUUUAACUUUCAUUGUUUCGAAUGAGCCUUUCAUCAUCAUCACAAUAUUCCACCGCCCUUCCUAACUCCUUGCACAUUCCAAGUGGAACAUUAGGCCUAAAGUUUCAGUAGUGGGUUGUUUUUUUCCCUCAAGAAAUGACCUCGCGCUAAGAUCACAUCCGACCGUCCUCCACCCUUAAACUCCCCUCCUAUUUGAGCCUACCACAGACUAGCAAACUAGCUGCGGUCCAAGAGUUUGUAGGCCGGCAGUCAGUCAAAUCCGGUCCGCAACACGUGCGCGCUUAACCAACAAGUAUUCUAUCAUGAAGCAAGCCUUGCAAUGAUGCACUAGUCUGCUAAAUAUCUGAAAUUAGUUGUUCUGUAACGACAGAAGACAC